AUGGCUUCCAAGACCUAUAACGUCGGCAUUAUUGGCUACGGCUUCAGUGCUAAGAUCUUCCACAUUCCUUUCGUGGCGCAGAUCCCUGAGCUUAAGCUGCACGCGAUCGUGCAGCGUACUCCCAAGCCUGAAGAUGACGCCGAGAAGGAUCACCCAGGCGUCAAGGGCUACCGCACUACUGAUGAGUUGCUGCAGGACUCCGCUGUGGAUGUUGUGAUUGUCACCACUGCUCCGGACUCUCAUUUUGCUCUCUGCAAGUCCGCGCUCGAGGCUGGCAAGCACGUCAUCUGCGAGAAACCUUUCACUCCCACAUAUAAGGAGGCCGCCGACCUGGUCACCAUUGCGAACAAGCAGAACAAACUGCUGGCCGUCUACCAGAACCGCCGCUGGGAUGCCGACUUCGUUACCCUCUCCAAGCUCAUCAAGAACGGUUCCCUUGGCCGCAUCUCCGAAUUCGAAACCCACUUCGACCGCCACCGUCCCGAGGAGCCCGCCGCCGAUGUCUCAAAGUGGAAGAACAAGGUUAUUCCCGGUGGUUCAGCCGUUUUUGACCUCGGAACCCACCUUCUGGACCAGGCUGUGCACCUGCUCGGUCUGCCCAAGCGCGUAACCGGAUUCAUUGGUUCCGCGCGCGAGGUGAACCAGUCCGGGUUCGAGGACUCUUUCACUGUGCUGCUGCACUAUGCCAAUGGAACUCUGGUUACCGCCAAGGCGACCGUUGUUAGUCCCGAGGAAGAGCAGCUGCGAUUCUGGGUCCGUGGCGAUAAGGGAAGUUUCAAGAAGUUCCACAUCGAUAUCCAGGAGGAUCAGCUCAAGGCUGGUAUCAUGCCUGAGGAUCACGGCUAUGGCCGCGAGCCUCAAGAGCGCUACGGUACCUUGACUACCAUUAAGGAUGGUAAGCCUGUCAGGGAGGUUGUCCCUACUGUUGAGCCUCCUACCUACACCGAAUACUACCGCAAGUUCACUCGUGCUCUUGGUGGUGAGGGCCAGCUUCCUGCUAGUGGCGAGGAGGCUGCCCAGGUUAUUCGACUGAUCGAGUUGGCUCGUGAGAGCUCUGAGACUGGUCGCACUGUUGAUGUCUAG